CUACUAAAUUCAUUGACGCACUUCUCAGUCGAAUGUGUGGCCUCUUCCAUUAUACAUCAUACUGAUCGCAUACUUUCUCGUCAUAUACGUCCACUCUUUUGUCAAAACCGGAAAUGCAGUUUCCAAAAUUACUUCUUCUUUUUUGGCUUCUUAUCGCAAUGGGUCAAUGCGAUGCUGAAAAUUCCAUCGGAAAGAAUGAUACCGCAGCAGAAAUAACGCUUGGCGAGAAACAGCUCGAAGAUCAUAUUCGCGCGAUUCUGAAACACUAUCAGCAAGAAGAUCCAAUAGGGCUACCUGGGGUGCCUAUACCGGAUCCCAUGCCAGUACCGGAUAUGAAGCAUUCAUUCUCUAUGUACACAAUGAAUUUCAAGAAAGUGAACGUUUACGACCUAUCGAAGUUCCGGAUAGUGAACAUGGACUCGGAACUGGCGCUGAUGCAAGUUUCAGUGACAUUAAAUAUGAAAAACUUGAACAUUCGUGGAUUCUACACCCUCUCUUCUUGGCUCUCACGGACGGCUGGUAAUUUUACUGUGAAAUUGUCCGGAGUGUAUGUGAAAGGGCUUGGCAGGCUGGAAGUCGCCAGCGAUGGUAAACUACAGGCGCAGAACAUCGAUUUGGAUUUGACAUUCGAAAAGAUAGACAUGGACUUUAAAAAUUUGGGCUUCUUAGGCGCUGUAUUCCAAAGCAUGAUCAAUUCUAUAGGCACCUUUAUUUUCGACAGUAUUAAGCCUUUUAUAUUGAAGGAGAUAAAUACUAAAGCUAGGGGCGAAGUUAACAAACAAAUCUCGCAGUUGCCACAGCAUUUCCCGAAUUCUAUAUCGCCUUUUGAUAUGUUAAUAACGGAGAUUCGCAAGCAAAUAUCUGAAAUGGGCUACGACCCGUUUAAGGUGAAAGACUAUAGCCAAACUGUCGGUAUAUUCACGGUGACGUCGACUCAUACUUGGAUCACUGGCUUGGCAAGCGUCUACCGAAUGGGAAAUGUUACUCUGAGCAUACAAAACAGAAAGGUAUAUGCGACAAUUGAUGCUGGUACCCAGGAAAUCGAAGGAAAAACUCAUUGGGAAAUAAGCGUGAUCGGUGGCUUUUUAUCCAGAGCCGGUACAGUUUCCUUCACCACGCAAUAUUUCAGAGCUCAGGUAAAAUUAAGCCAACCUUUGGACACGCGGGAGAAGCCGAGCCUGGAAGGCCUUGACCUUGAACUGGGUAAUAUUCAAACUAGAGUUCAUGGUGCAGGUACUAUCGAUUACUUAGUUGAAGCCAGCGUCAAUAUAUUACCAAACCUUUUAAGAUAUCAGAUAAUGGAUGCAAUAGAAGGACCGUUUAAAAGACGCAUCCAAAUGGAAUUAGAUAAAGUGAACGUUGAGGAAGAGAUUUACAAUCAUAUUCCACACAUAGAAGAACAUGCUAUGAGACAUAUUCAAGGUCUGAUUCCUCCGGAAGAGACAAUUUUAGGGGAGUUAAUGCCGCCUUCAGAUCAAGAUGAACAACCCUUUUCGGAAAGUGAGGAAAAUCGAGGCCCUUCGUAAAAAUUGAAUGUAUUAUAAACUAUGGGAACAAUAAAAUAACGCUGCCCGGCAUUUAAAUUAUUUCAAUUUGAAAACAUGAUCUUUUGUCGAUAUCAAAGAGAAUGCCUAUCUAACAAGUAUUGUGAUAAACACAUUGCGCAGCACACUGCUUUGUACAUAUGUUUUACUGAAAUAUAUUACUAAAAUAUA